GUCAUGUGAGCAUGCCGAAAUGAUAUCAUAGCAUGUUGCCUUCUAUCCUGGACAGGAUUCCUUGACAUUUUGCGACAAAUGAACGGUGAAGCAUAUGGUUGGCUUUCCUUGUGGGCAAGCGAUCCAUGAUGAUGCUUAGCGCAAGUUGAGCAAAUUGUGUACAGAAUUUGACCGACUAAUCCACGCAAGCACAGCGUUCGCACUUUCUCCCUUGCUUGUAAUGGGUAGCUCCUCACCUAUAGAGAGCUCUGCAGCAUGCUCAUCACCAGUGAUCGCGACCAGGAUUAGUAGUAGUGGCAUACUGGUAACUACCUUGUUAAUGGAAUAUUGGGGUCUGAGCGUUUUUCCAUCGGGAUAUAAGUGGGGUAGCCGUGGCAAUGAUUGGCCAGGACUUCCACGAGGCCUCCCGAGCGGACAUCGUCCAAUUGACGGGGCCACUGGCGAAAAUUCCCCAAUCAGGAUAGGCUCAGUUCUUCCGCCGCCUGGACCUUUGCCCACGAGUUUUUUUUUCUCUUCCCUCCUCUCUGUUCUACACAACUUUGUCUUCACCUCUUCCGAGUUGAUACAUUCAGAGACCAUAGGCGAGCGACUUCCGGGAGUUUUGCGCUCGUUCAGGUCUUCAAAAGCUCCCAUUCACGCUUAUCUACCCAUACCCCACUAUCUCGACCCUGCGAGAACCACUCUCGACAACGUUUAAUUUCACCUUCUCAGAACUACUCGGACAGUCAGUACGCUGGUCUCAUUAUGUCGGAUGCCAAAGAUCAAAUUACCGUUCAAGCGUCGGCCGCAACUCCGCACGAUAACUCCUCGAUUGCCCAAUUUCCGAAGGAUGGUACUUCGGCGGGUGUAGAUGCAAAUG